ACAACCAUCAUAUCACACAUAUCUCUACACACACUCUCAGUGGGCGCGUUGCAGUCGCAUCACUUACGCGACCACAGCCAUACCACUUUUAGCGCCCUUCGUCACUUUGCCCCAAAUCAUGUCGCACUCGUGGCUGCAGCGGCAUCGCAAAGCUCAACUGCUCGAACUCUCCGAACAGGCCGGCCUCAAGCAGAGUGAGGAUCUUCGAAAAGACGAGCUCGUGGAGAAGCUCAGCGACUACCUGCAGUCCAACUCGACGCGACUGUCCCGAGAGCCUGCGUUCGCAGCGUACUUUGGCACACGAUCGACUCCAGGCAGGCCCACGAGAGCUAGCAAUGCCGAAUUGAUACCAGACAGUGUGGCAGAUGUCGUGGAAGAGGUCCGAAGCGUUGUGAAAAGUAGAGGCAGACGCCCGACCAAGGUGAAGCAGGAAUCGGAAGACGAGUUUGCAAUCUCAUCACCUGUAAACAACCUGGCUGCUUCGCCCAGUCACGCCAUCUCUCCGCUAGCCACGGCCCUCUCUCCAUCUGGCCAGCUGAAUCCACGCACCCCAGCGCUACGUAGCAGUGCGCGCAGACAAACACAGCUCCCCGGACCACCUUCUCCAGCGGCAGUUGCUGAACUUGCAGAGGAUGCAUCUCGCAACCUCGUCGCAGGCUUCCAGGACCUGUAUAGCGUCUCUGGCAUUGACAACCAGAUUUCCGACAUCCGCGAAAUCUUGUCCAGCGUGACAGGCAUUCAUCUGACAGUGCUCCUCCUGGAGGGCAUUGCUCUGCAAACGGAGAUAUUCCCUUGGAAAUACGCCUUCGACAUACCCGCUACGCCCAUCACCCCUAGCAGAGCUGUCCUGGUGCCCGAUGUCUUCAUUCUGCUCACUUCCUUCUACUGGUCGGCAACUCUCACCUGGGCAUUGACGUCAAUCCUGGUUCCGCUGUUGUUCGCAUACUUCUACAACCUCACCAUUAGAGACGUGAAGCGUGGUAAUGUGCGCGUCGCAGUCGCGAGGUAUACGGCGGAUCCUUUGACUUACAACAUUGUCAAGGCACUGGCCACCUGGCUCGUCUUCGAAAAAGGCGUCACGUUUGGCGUUGUGCAACCAGAAACAGUCGAUCGCAUUCAGCAAGGUAUCCUGGGCGGCAGCACUGGAAUGCUUAUAGGCUCUGGCAUUGGUGCCAUUGGCGCACUUUAUGAAGCAGCUCAACGACGUGUGGUCUCAUAGGCUCGCGCUCCUCUGCACAUCGAGCGCCCUUGCUGCUCUACCAAGCCUGAAAGGAAGGCACCAGCGGAAGCCAGCUGGGCUCGCUUGGACAUCGACUGCCGCUGACGACGGAUGCAUGGGACUGGAGUUGCUUUUUGACACGCUUACAAGCGUUGCUCUACGGGAGAAAUGUGUUCAACGAAUAACAUCGUGAUGUGCGAAUGAAGAUGGAACCUUUGCCGGCGUUCAGGUGCUGACUUUGACAGACCGAGAUAUCCAGGGAAUGCAUCGCUUUUGUUCUGCCAAGACAUGACCUGAAAUGUGUGACUGUGCUGCGACAUCGUCCCUGACCAAGUGUGAGAGAUCUGUGGCACCCAUUUUUCUUCAAAUCCUCGCGGAUGUACAGCUGCCUGCUCUGGUCAUCCUCAAACUUGAUGAUAGGGUUGGUAAUAAUAGAUCCCUCGAACCUCGAACCUCGAAUCCCUGAGCUGAACUGUUUCGAGAAUACCACAAACGUUCAGACAUAUGCAUCUUAAUUUGUGCUAGAAUCAUCACUCUCUUGUGCAAAUAACAUGCUAUGCGGAAGUAGAUGCUUCAGAUGGGAUGCACUUCUGAAGUACCUCGCAACUUCACAACUUCGCAACUUCGAGACUUGUGACAGGCUGGGAUGAGACCUACGUUGGCCCUACCAGGAAUGGCCACUUGGACUCUGCUGUGAGAGGACGAGGGGAGGAGACGAAGGCGGAACGAGGGACAUGAAAUUCCGUCACAUGAAAGAGAAUGAGGUACUACCCUCGUUAAUCAUCCUCUCGGGAAGAAGUGCUCUUACACAUUUGUCAGCGGAGAAAUGGUAUAUAUAUCUCGACCCAUGCCAGUGGACGGCACACUCACCCUUCUCCCACAUGAGCCUGCCUAAUCACAGCCGGGGUUAUGGUCGCACACGAGAUACGUGGUUCUGGCACCGACUAUUUCCUGGCGAGCACUCUCAAUUUGACAUAACUGAGCCA